CUAUCCAACUACCACUUUUUGUUAUGUCAAACUCACAAUCUCCUUCCCAAUUUGAUUGGCACAGUUAACAAUUGUGGCUUCUAAAUACAUAUUAAUUUUUUAAUUUUAUUGGUUAAUAUAAGUUGUGAAACUAAGUCAACGAUGAAAUAGAUUUAUUGAGAAGUCCAUCCUAAACUCAAAUUUUCUUUUUAUAUAGGCUUAAUUAGUCUAUUGGUCCCUUAAAGACAUUUUAGGUUUCACAAUGGUCCGUUAAAGAAAAAAAAAGGCUUGGAUUAGUCCCUUAAAAAAAAAAGGCCCGGAUCGUUCCCUUAAAAACAUUUAUGAGUGUCAUAUUGGUCGUUUCCGUUAAAUUUUAAAACCACAUAUAACAAAAAAUUCUAAUGGUUAAAAUUUAAAUAAUAAUAAAAAAAUUUCGUGGACCACUUACACUUAAUUGCAUCCACAAUCCAGUCAACUAAAACUAACGUUUUUUUAAAAAUUUUAAAGGAAAUGACCAAUUGAGAAAAAGAUGUAUCUUUAAAGGACCAAUUCAGACCUUUUUAUUUAUUUAAUGGGACAUCAUGAGGCAAAAUAACAAGUUAUGCUUUUGAUGUACUGCAUUUUAUAAAUCAUCAAACUUUUUGAUCAAUAUGUAAAUUAUGUAUUUCCAAUCUCUAAUUUCAUUUUGAAACUUAUUAUGUUAUAUGAAUGUGUACUCUAAUUGGGUAAUAUCAUGAUACGCUGUAUGAUACGCAAUGUUUUGUGAAUGUGUGAUAUAUUAGCAUAUCAAUUUAUAACUAUUCAUUGCCAUAACUUAAAAAAAAUUAGACAGGUAACCCUCCUCUUCAAAACAAUAAAAUUAUUCAAAAUUUUUGCCAACUACUUAUUAGUGUUACUGGUUUAUCUUGAUACAAGUCAAUAAAACAAAAAUUGAAUAACACUUUGAUAGGAAUAUUGAAUUUAUACAUUCUCAUGUAGAUCAAAAACAUAUUUAAUCUAUUUGCAUUCAUUUGUAAUAAUAUAAUGCGUUUCAUCUUUGUUUUAUGUAACAAAAUGAUUUCAAUUCGAUAAUACAUUUUUUCCCAUUAUUCCAAAUUUACAUGUGCAAAUUCAACAUAUGAAAAAAUGAUACACCUCUCCUAAUUUCUAAUUAAAUUUUCAGCAAUAAAUAAGUAACUUUUCGACAAACGAUUUCAAAUUUUACAAAAACCUUCGGCAACACGGAAAUAAUAUUUAGUUUAAUCAAUUUUAAAAUUAUAAUUAAACUUUCUUUAUUCUACAAUAUAGGACAUAUAUUUUGUAGUGAUAUUUUUGGGUAUAGUCUAUAUUUUCAUAUUAAAUAAAGCCUUCUUAUUUUUUUAUUUUUUACAUCUUUUUUUGGCCCAAUUAUGAGACCCAUUUGGCCCAAUUAAAACCUCAAAUUACCAACUCCACUUCCAUGUUACCAUUACAUAAGGAAAAACGGCUGAUGGACAAGCUCCAUCAGGAAAAACGAGUUUUGCAGCUCCAUCAGGAUACAAAUGGAUUCAUCAGAUAACAGUGAUAUUAAAAUUGAUGAACUGGAAGUAGAAUAUGGAAAAUUUCUUGAUGAAAUUGCAAAAACCUAUGACAAUUAUGAUGGUCAAGGAUCAUCUCUAAAUCAUGACAACAUUUCACAUACUGAAAAUAACAUAAAUCAGUGUACUGAUAAUGUUUUCGGUCAAGUUUUCGGUGGUUAUACAGUUACCAGUCAACUAACUGAAUCAUAUGUUUUUGAAUUGACUCUUUGUGACCUGAACAAUGCUACAAAGACUCAAUUUACAUUACCUUCUGAAUUUAGCGAUUAUGUAAGGCGAUACAAUUUUCAAAAGCUGGUUCUGCAUGUACCAAACAAAGAUAUUUCAAUAGUUCACUUGAAAUAUCCAAACAAUCCUUCAGAGAAUGUCAAGAUUGCCAGAGGAUGGAAAAAUUUCUGUUUUGACAACAAUAUUCAAUUGGGAGAUAGACUAAGUUUUGAAUUCAAACACAUAAGCUUGAAUGUUUGUCAGGUUUCCAUAAUUUAGACUAACAAUUAUGUUAUUUCGUAAGUUAUUUAUCUUCCGAUAUAAUGUUGUAAUGAAUUUGAUGUUAACUUUUUAUUUUUUAUCUAUUGUCGAAAACAAACAUUGUGUCGAUUAAUGAUA